AUGGGUUUAUUUGAUAAAGUGAGGCAAUUCACCAACAACGACAAUAACAACGACAACAAUAGUUCUGGCAACGAUGGUCAAAAUGAUUAUCUCUCCAAGGCUGAAAAUAUGAUCGGUCAAGAUAGACUCGACCGUUUAAAGUCUAAGGUCGGUGAGGAUAGAUUUGACAAGAUGGAAUCUAGAGUUCGUGAUAAGCUUUCCAAAACUUCUCUAAGUGACAACAGCGACAACAACAACUCUUCUAACGAUUCUAACAACAAGUCCUCCUACGGCUCUUCCAACAACGAUGAUUCUUAUGGUUCUUCUAACAACAACGAUGACACUUACGGCUCUUCCAACAACAACGAUGAUUCGUAUGGUUCAUCCAACAAGAACAAGUCCUCUUACGGCUCUUCCAACAACGAUGACACUUAUGGUUCUUCUAACAACAACGAUGACACUUACGGCUCUUCCACCAACAACGAUGAUUCGUAUGGAUCUUCUAACAAGAACAAGUCCUCUUACGG